ACAAUGGGAUUUCUCAUGUUUAAAGGAAACCUCCUCCUCUUCAUCUGUGCCAGUUUCUUCCCUGCCUUUGGACACGUGGAGACCCGGGCACACGCAGAGGAGCGUCUCCUGAAGAAGCUCUUCUCUGGUUAUAACAAGUGGUCUCGCCCCGUCGCCAACAUCUCAGACGUGGUCCUUGUCCGCUUUGGCUUGUCCAUCGCUCAGCUCAUCGAUGUUGAUGAGAAAAACCAAAUGAUGACCACGAACGUGUGGGUGAAGCAGGAGUGGCACGACUACAAGCUACGCUGGGACCCCCAAGAGUAUGAAAACGUCACCUCCAUCCGAAUCCCCUCCGAGCUGAUCUGGAGGCCAGAUAUUGUCCUCUACAACAAUGCUGAUGGUGACUUUGCAGUUACCCACCUGACCAAGGCCCAUCUCUUCUAUGAUGGCAGAAUUAAGUGGAUGCCUCCUGCUAUCUAUAAGAGCUCCUGCAGCAUCGACGUUACCUUCUUCCCCUUUGACCAGCAAAACUGCACCAUGAAGUUUGGCUCCUGGACCUAUGACAAAGCCAAGAUAGACUUGGUGAGCAUGCACAGUCAUGUGGACCAGCUGGACUACUGGGAGAGCGGGGAAUGGGUCAUCAUCAAUGCUGUGGGCAAUUACAACAGCAAGAAGUAUGAAUGCUGCACAGAGAUCUACCCCGACAUAACUUACUCCUUCAUUAUCCGGAGGCUGCCACUGUUCUACACAAUCAAUCUGAUCAUCCCCUGUCUGCUGAUCUCCUGCCUGACUGUCCUGGUCUUCUACCUGCCCUCUGAGUGUGGAGAGAAGAUAACCUUGUGCAUCUCUGUGCUGCUGUCCCUCACUGUGUUCCUGCUGCUCAUCACAGAGAUCAUCCCAUCUACCUCCUUGGUCAUCCCUCUGAUUGGAGAGUAUCUUCUCUUCACCAUGAUAUUUGUUACCUUGUCUAUCAUCAUCACUGUCUUUGUGCUCAACGUGCACCAUCGCUCCCCACGCACCCACACGAUGCCUGACUGGGUGAGGAGGGUCUUCCUUGACAUAGUCCCACGCCUCCUCUUCAUGAAACGUCCCUCCACAGUGAAAGACAAUUGCAAGAAACUCAUUGAAUCCAUGCACAAAAUAACCAACACACCAAGGCUUUGGUCGGAGAUCGAUGUGGAACCCAACUUCACUACCUCAUCUUCCCCCAGCCCUCAGAGUGAUGAGCCAUCACCCACCUCUUCCUUCUGUGCCCGCCUCGAGGAGCCAGCCAAGCCUCAGCCCAUGUGCAAGUCCCCUUCUGGGCAGUACUCUGUGCUGCACCCAGAGCCUGUACAGGUGACCUGCUCCUCCCCACAACCCUCCUGCCAUCCCUUGAGUGACACCCAGACCACAUCCGUCUUGAAAGGCAGAUCCCUGAGUGUUCAGCAGAUGUACAGCCCCAAUAAGGCAGAGGAAGGGAGCAUCCGCUGUAGGUCACGGAGCAUCCAGUAUUGCUACCUGCAAGAGGACUCUUCCCAGACCAAUGGCCAAUCCACUGCCUCUCCAGCAUCCCGACGGUGCCACCUAAAUGAAGAGAAGCCCCGUCACAAGCCCCCUCAGUGCAAGUGUAAAUGCAAAAAGAGCGAGGCUGCUGGCACAUCAGCUCAAGGAGGCAAGACUCACAGCGCCAAAGAGCAGCAUCUCAUGUUGAUGUCCCCAGCCCUGAAGCUGGCAGUGGAAGGGGUUCAUUACAUUGCAGACCACCUGCGAGCAGAAGAUGCAGAUUUCUCAGUGAAGGAAGACUGGAAGUACGUUGCAAUGGUCAUUGACAGGAUCUUCCUUUGGAUGUUCAUCAUUGUGUGUUUGCUGGGCACUGUUGGUCUCUUUCUCCCACCAUGGCUGGCAGGAAUGAUCUAAAUACAACCCCAGAAGGAAGAAAGCAUAUCCCAUUCUAUGGAUUUUAGUUACCUGGAAGGAGAGGAGCAAAGAA